AUGAGUGAAGAGAGCGCUUUAUGUAACAUUAAAAAUUGCGAAAGCCCAAGUUGCGUAGGUCAUCCACAUGUCAAAAAGAAUAUUUAUAUUGAAUGUGAUGAAAUUGAAGAUUGGCUACCAACUCUAGUAGAAAAAUAUUUGACGGUUAAUAACAUCACCGCAUCGCGGUUAUCCAAGUCAAAUAUUGAGCAUCUGUAUAAAAUACCAAAACCCAUUCAACGCUUCGUACACAUCUAUAACGAACAUAUGUUACAAAAAUUGUUUAAACUGGGUUAUAAUGAUCCAACUGCCAUACAGAAACAAGCAUUGCCCAUUAUGUUAAGUGGAGAGAACGUGAUUGGAAUAUCUCCAACACGCUCAGGCAAGACUUUAUGCUACGUUAUUGGAAGUAUUUUACAUUUUCAGUCGCAAAAAACACGAACUUGGAAUCGCGCGGGUCCGCGAUUAUUAGUACUAUCUUCCAAAGAAAAGCGUGUUUUGAAAAUCACCGAAGUGUAUAAGAAAUUUAAUUCGUGCAAUAACUCAAGCAUACUCGGUGAUUAUGAAAUAUGUAGCACCUUCCACAGGACUCAUCCCGACUGUAUUAUUUCCACACCACCCCAUUUUUAUGAUGUUAUUGUAGACAAGAGAAUUGACAUCUCUUUCUUCAGCUACAUCAUAUUGGACAGUGCAGAUGACAUGUGGUGCGCUGGUUUUGAGAAAUACAUUUUAUUUAUUUUAAACCAGUUGCCACCGGUACGCCAGAUUGUUAUGAUGAGUGUGACUUUUCCAUCAUAUCUACAAACAUUUGCUGAGCAGCAUAUGUGUGAACCAAUUAUCGUAGAAAAUGCACCACCAGUUAUUGACCCAGCAUUGAGUCCAUCAAUUAAACAACAUUUCAAAUAUGCCAGAACGGACAAGGAUAAGUAUCAAAUGUUGCUCAAUUUCGCUAAGGGAUUGAAGCCACGUGAAGCAGUUCUGGUGUAUUGUUUGAAUAAGGCAAGGGCUAUUGAUGUAGCAAGUACCUUGGCAACUAAAAAUUUAACAACCCAAUGUGUAGAGUCAUUGAUCACUGAGAAUGAUUGGUCUAGUACGGAGAAGUACAUUCAAGAUGAUGCUCUCCAAAUUAUAACCGACUAUGAAUAUUCAGGAAAAAAUUUCCCUUUUUCCCCGUUUAAGUUUAUGUUUCAUUUCGAUCUACCAACUGAUAUUUCAAUAUAUAAGGAACGUGUAAAUCGUGCAAUGAGAAAACGACAGGAUUUCAUUUUCAUAACAUUUAUUUCACCUUCCGAUAAAUUUAUUAUCCAAGGCUUACACAAAUAUCUUACAGAUAAUAAGCAAAUUAUCCCAGGUUUUAUUGAAGAUAUGUUUUUGCAAACAAAGGAAACUCAAAAGAAAAAAAAAACAAAUGACUGCAUGGCGACAAACUUUAUUGCGAAAUAUCGUGUCAAUGUGGAAAAAAAUCUAGUUCUAGUUGUAAAUGUUGAAGUUAAGGAUUAG